CUCAACAGGGUCGAAAUGCUUCGACUUCCACCCACCGCCAUUGUUAUAGUCGCGUCUGAAGUAAUGGCCUACGAGGAGCGCCGGCAGACUCGGCGCUAUGUCUUUCAAUUAGGCAAAGGGACCAAAUCCCUGUCCGAGGUCGAGAGCCAAGGUCCAGAAUCAAACUCGCCGUCUUCCAGUGCAAAUGUGAAGGUUGAUGGUUCGGACACAAGCGGCUUUCGCGAUGCUCCCGCACCAUCUCCCGGCCCAUCAAUCCCGGGAGAUGGCGGGCACGAUGAGCCGGUUGAAGCUCUAAACAACCUUGCGCAAGGUCGUAGCACAAUCUUUGAGAACCCGUCAUUACCUAACACAGCGACCUUGUAUACGCUCGUCAAGGCAUGUAUCUUUGGACAUGACUUUGUCCACGCCUGCGUCGCUCCCUCGGGCUCCUUGGCUGAACACAAGGUCUUUACAGAGACAGGCUACUCACAGCCGAGCUUGUUGGCAUCACUGCAGCUUGACGGCAACCACGAGUUCCAGAUUUACAAUGACGAGAUGCCCGCAGCCGAGCAACCGCAAACACCGCAGAACCUGCCCGAGUCUCGGCACCGUGGCCGCCUGGGGGGUGCAUUCACGGCUCCCGUCACUCGGAUUGGUAUGGCGCAAGGUUAUGGGGCGGCAGCAGCUAGGGCGGCAAUUGCACUUGUCACUCCCACCACCGGUAGCAGUGGAGAGCGAGCUCGACGGGAGCCGAGUCCCCCUGGUCUUAACACCCCGGGAUACAGGGGUCUAUAUGGAGGAUUGGAGAACACUGACGACGCGGUGCUGUAUGAAGCUGGCUACAGAAUGACAAGUCGCGGCAGUAGGCACUUGGAAGCUGAGAGCAACCAAGAGGAGAGGCGCUAA